AUGUCCACUCCCCCAUCACCACUCCCAUUCCACGUCUUAUCUGCCUUCUCCCCCGUCCCAGGGACAGGCUCCCAGGCAGCUCUGAUCAACUACCCCUCCAACGCAGAUCCAAGAUGGUUAGACGAUAAAUAUCUGUUGAAAGUUGCUGGGGAUUUCAAUUAUACAGCUACCGUUCAUGUUGCUCCGACUGGUCAAAAGGGGGAAUGGGCGAUCAGGUGGUUCACACCCAAAUCUGAGUUAGCCUUGUGCGGACACGGUACACUAUCAUCCUCUUACAUCCUCUUGAAACAACAUCCAGAAUUAGAUACUAUACAAUACAUAAAUCUCAUAGCUGGGAAAUUCCAAUCUGUGCGAUUAUCAGCCUCAGACAAAGAAGUGCAAAUCAGUUUACCGAGCUUACCCUUCGACGUGAUUCAAUCUAUGGGUCAUGGAUCUCCCCGAUCCCAUCAUGAUACAGUGAAGUUGAUAGCUGCGUUGGAGGGAAUUUGGGAAUUGAGGGAAUUGGGAGUGGAUAUAAGGGCGUUGGGUGAAAUAGCCUCUGGACAGAUUAUAAUCACUCAGAUAUCCCCUGAGACCGAUUCAGACUUGGUGAUUAAAUCAAGGAUGUUCGCUCCUGGUAUAGGUAUACAGGAAGAUACCAUAUUCCUUCCAACCAGGUUACAACAAGAUCCUACGAGCUUGGUGAUACACGCUACCCAGCUGAGCGAGAGGGGAGGAGGUAUGAAAUGUAUUUUAGGCGAAGGUGGUGAGACGGUAAGGCUGAUAGGUAAAGUUAGGGAAUUCGGUAAUGGUUAUCUGGUAGAUGAUGAUGAUGAUGUUGAUUAG